GUGGGAACCGAUCAAAAUUUCUCGUCAUGAAAAUGCAGAGUAGCUUACCGGGAACACAGUAUCGGCUGAGAAAAAUCUGUACUCAUGAACUGGUUUUCUGUGCUGGCAAAAAAUGAUUGGAAGACCACUUUUAUAUUCUGGAGCAGCAAUGCUCAUUGUCUUCCCUAUAUAAGAAGAUCUUUGCACAAUGGUGACUUCAACAUUCAUCCCUUUGUAAAAGAAGCUGUGGAGAGUAGAAAACCAGUCGUUGCCUUGGAAAGCACCAUCAUCACACAUGGCAUGCCAUAUCCACAGAAUCUGAGACCUGUGAGAAACUGGGAAGCUGGUGGAGAAGAGGAAUUCAGUUCGAAUGUGAAGAGGGAAGACAGCCCAGAUAUUGGAGCCAUGGGAAUGAAGAGUUUUGAAGAGAGACUGAUUGAUUUGACCAUCCCCCCCAGAGAUACCACUGCUUACAGCAUGGCCAGGGAGGUAGAAGAAAUUGUCAGAGCAAAUGGGUGUGUGCCAGCAACUAUUGGCAUUUUAAAUGGCCGCAUCCAUGUGGGCCUCCAAGAUGAAGAACUUGAGAUCCUGGCAACAGCCAAGAAUGUAAUGAAGGUGUCUCGUAGAGAUUUCCCUUAUGUUCUCAGCCAGGGCUUGUCUGGGGGAACCACUGUGGCAGGAACCAUGAUUGUGGCACAUAAAACAAGAAUUCCAGUGUUUGUAACUGGAGGAAUUGGAGGGGUCCACCAGGGAGGAGAAAAGACUUUGGAUGUGAGUGCAGAUCUGACUGAGUUAAGUCGUACUCCAGUUGCUGUAAUUUCUGCAGGUGUUAAGUCUAUACUUGAUAUUGGCAGGACUCUGGAAUAUCUGGAAACUCAAGGUGUCUGUGUGGCCACCUUUGGAAAAUCAAGAGAGUUCCCAGCCUUCUUCUCUCACCAAAGUGGCUUCCAGGCACCAUAUCAGGUGCAGAAUGAGAAAGCAGCUGCUCAACUGAUUGCCAGGUCAUUAACUUUGCAGCUGGGCAGUGGAGUCCUGAUCGCAGUUCCCUGUCCUCCAGAUCAAGCUGCUUCCGGAAAGCUUAUUGAAGAAGCAAUCCAGCAAGCUUUGAAUGAGGCUCAGGAAAAAAAGAUCACAGGAAAGGAGCUUACACCCUUUUUGCUGCAGAGGGUAAAUGAGUUAUCUGGUGGAGAGUCCCUGAAGUCCAAUAUUGCACUGAUCAAGAAUAAUGCCAGAGUGGGCAGUCGCAUUGCUGUAGCCCUGAACAGUCUCCAAAGAGGUCAGGGCUGGGGAGGCAGUUUGUCUCAAAGUGAAAACACGCCUAUUGUGCCAAGACCAGUAGUCAUUGGUGGCAUCAACAUUGAUAUCAUAGCCAAGGCAAGAGCUGCAACAAUAAAGGAUGGAGGGCAGACAAAUCCAUCUACAGUGAGACAAUCGUUUGGCGGUGUGGGCAAAAAUCUAGCAGAUUGCUUAAGUCGUCUUGGGAAGGUCCCAGUCUUUAUCUCGGUCAUGGGGAAAGAUGAAUAUUCGGUAUCUGUUCUACGUCACUGCAGACAUAUGGAUAUGAGAGGAGUCUUACGCCUGAAAGGACACAACACAGCAACUUACUGUGCUGUAAUCACAGGCAGUGGAGAACUUACCUUUGGUUUGGGAGACAUGGACAUUCACCAGCAGAUCACAGAGCAAUAUGUGUCACAGUUCAAGGAGAAUCUGUGCUUGGCUCCAAUAAUAUGCAUUGAUGGGAAUGUGCCAGUUUCUACCAUUGAGUACAUCUGUCAAAUUGCCAGAGAACAUCACUUAGCAGUGUACUAUGAACCAACAGAUGUGAACAAAGCUUCUAAGCCAUUUCUUUCAGAGAGCUGGAGAGGUCUGACCUGCAUAUCUCCCAACCUUCGGGAACUCAGAGCCAUCAGCCAGACCCUGGGAAAUCCUGUGCCAACAGAUCUGCCGUCAAAGCUGGAGGACAUUGUCGAGACUGCUAUUGCCCUGGCUUACCCUUUAUUGAAGGGGCUACACUAUGUGGUAGUAACUCUUGGCCAACAUGGAGUCCUGCUGUGUGGCCAGAGCAAAGGUGGAAGUGUCUCUCUUCACCCGCAAACUUGCUAUGAGAACGCUGCAGAGGAAUUAUGUGCAGUUCACUACCCGGCGGUCCCCGUCCCCAUCGAAGAGAUAGUGAACGUCUCUGGAGCUGGUGAUAGCUUAAUGGCUGGAAUCAUCGCUGGGCUGCUCUCUGGGGAGGACGCAGAGAACUGCAUCCGGAUGGGCCUCCUCUCAGCCAGCCUUUCCCUCCGUGCUUAUGAGCCUGUUUCUCCAGAGAUCAACAGCACCAGCGUGAGCCUGGCAAGGAUUGAGGCUCAGAGGUGGCCUGUACCCAAGAUAUGGAAGCUGCCUUAGCUAGAGUUGAAGAUUUUCUUCCACUGCUCCAGUCAUACCAGUUGCCUCCAGUCAUUGUACAGUAGGUGGAGGGGAAGAAGAGGGAUUGGCUAUGUUCAAGGGCCUAUAUCUCCCUUAGCUCCAUUCUGUGUUGUAACUCUGUUUACUAUGCACUAAUAAAAAUAAUAAAAUCUACAGUGAAGCUCAGCCUAAACCCUGCACUCAAAAAAAGAGUUAAAUCUACACUUGUUCAUGCAAAUUAACACCUUUGCGGGUAUUUCCUUAAUCUGCAUGGUUUCUACUUCUAAUUAUUAUGGAAAGGAGCAGUAUAUUAGGCAAAGCUAUCACUUUUAAUUUGGGUGAUAUUGUUAUCAGGAGGAAAAAUAAGGGCAGGAUGAAGUAUUCUCAUGCUUGUGCAGUCUUUCCCAAGCUCUGCCAAAAUGGAGCACACUUUGAAAAUCUGACUUUAGAUUUUGCUUAUUUAAAACGCAGUACUGGAAGAUACAUGCUCUUUGAGAAGGUAUACCUAAAAAUGCCUUUACUCAUAAUUCCAAGAGAGCAAAACUAAGUUUCAGCUAAUGAUGCUGGAGAACUUGGUUUAGGUUGUAUUUUUAAACCAGUGUUUAAAUGAUCUCCCUAGAUUAAUGCAUAAAUUGAAACUCAAAUAUUCCUCAGAGUUCAUGUUUCUCUGAAUUUCGAGAUGCCAUUGCUAGGAUGUAUGUAUGUAUGUGUGUGUGUGUAUAUAUAUAUCCAUGUUUUAGAGGGAGAAAUGAUGACAAUAGUCUAUUUGGUCUCAUUUUUUCUAGUAAAACUAUCACUGCCACUGACAUGGACUGGAAAUGGACUAAUCUGUUUGUUUCUAGUUGCGACAGUUAAGGAACAACAAAAAUCAGGAAUGAUCCAUACAUCUACAGAAGAACGGGGG